GAUGGAGUCUCAAAAUUGCAAAACCAGCCCCUGAAAUUUAUCUUUCCCCUUACCCGCAGCUCCCAGCCUUCUUCAAUUGCCGCUUAAACUUCUCCUCCGUUUCUCUCUGCAACAGUCUUUUGUCUGCUACUUAAAUUUGAGUCUAUCGAUGGAGGAUUCUAAGCUGUGUUCUUCAAGCGAGAUCAUAGAGACAGAUGAGAGCUGUACAAUAGUCCUUGAACUUCCUGAAAAUGACCCUUUUUUUGAUAAAAAGAAGAAUUUACUGCAUAAUAAGGGUUUUGAUGUCCGGGAACAUGUACAGCUCCAGAGCAUUACAUGUCCUGAUUCAAUUGCUACCAUGUUGGAAAAAAUUCUUGAGAUAGCAAGAAUUACACACUUGGAUGAGGUAGAACUUUAUUUUUGUAAAGUUGAUGAAUGUUCAUCAGUGGAAUAUUGUAGCCCCAGAAAUGAGGUGGAAGCUCUUAAUUCAAUCCUAGCACUCGUUGACAGCUUGCUGUCUCGUCAAACACGCACGGAAAUGAAUGCCUUGCAAGCCUUUCAAGAUGCAAUUGUUGAUAGGUUGGAGAAAUUUGUGGACAAGAACAGAGAGGAGAGUAGAAUAGAUAAAAGCUACAGUUGUGACAAAGAAAAAAGGAUAGCAGAAUGGGGUGAAAUCAAUGGCAUAAAAUCAAGAUUGGAGAUUGUCUAUGUUGAAGGAGCUGGUAGAGGAGGCAUUGCAACAAAAGAUCUGAAAGUUGGGGAUAUUGCCUUGGAGAUUCCUGUGUCUAUUAUAAUUUCUGAGGAUCUUGUGCAUCAAUCUGACAUGUUUCAUAUAUUGGGGAAGAUUGAUGGGAUCUCAUCUGAGACUAUGUUGUUGCUAUGGAGCAUGAAAGAGAGGCAUCAUUGUAAUUCAAAAUUCAAGAUUUACUUUGAUACACUGCCAAAAGAAUUUAAUACAGGGCUGAGCUUUGGAGUUGCUGCAAUUAUGGCUUUGGAUGGAACUUUGUUAUUAGAGGAGAUAAUGCAAGCAAAAGAGCAUUUGCGCAAUCAUUAUGAUGAGUUGGUUCCUGCACUAUGCCAUAAUUAUCCAGACGUAUUUCCACCAGAGCUCUAUACAUGGGAGCAGUUCUUAUGGGCUUGUGAACUCUGGUACUCCAAUAGCAUGAAAGUCAUGUUUCUUGAUGGAAAGCUAAGGACUUGCUUGAUUCCUAUUGCAGGCUUUCUUAACCAUUCACUCCACCCACAUAUCAUUCACUAUGGCAAAGUAGAUUCUAUAACAAAUACAUUGAAAUUCCCACUGUCAAGGCCUUGCCGUAUUGGACAACAAUGCUGUCUUAGCUAUGGGAACUUCUCUAGUUCACAUCUACUUGCAUUCUAUGGCUUCAUACCACAAGGAGACAAUCCAUAUGAUGUAAUUCCAUUAGAUUUUGAUGCUGGUGAGCUGGACCCUAUAGAGGAUUGCCCGGUGUCUAGCCAAACUACUCACAUGGUCCGGGGUACAUGGCUCUCAAAGAACCAUAAUCUAUUCCAUUAUGGUUUGCCAUGUCCAUUGCUAAAUUUUCUACGGAGAGCUCGGAGUCCUACACUGCACACUAAGACCAUUACGCAAUCAAACUUGGAAAUAGAAAUAGAAAUUCUGGAAGUCCUGCAGUCCACUUUCAAUAAUAUGAUGGAAAAUCUUGGUGACACUGACCCCGUUGACAGAGAAAAUGCUACUUGGGAUGUUAAGCUGGCAUUAGAAUUCAAAGAUCUGCAAAGACGAAUCGUCUCCUCGAUUUUAACUUCAUGUGAUUCUGGUCUCAAGUUGGUGCAAAAUGAAUUUUCCAGGUCUGUAGUCGAGGAGUGAGCACCGAGUACAACUUUUAGCUGUGGAUUAGAUGCGCUUGCUUGAAGCAUCAUAUCUGUCUGCAUACCAGAAAACUGAAAAAUAUGGUAUGUACAGCAGACUCAGAUAAAUUUUGUGUUAGGACUACGCUGCAAGGUUAAUUACCUAUCAGAAUCUCUACUGUUUGGAAAGUCUAAAAACGAAAGAAUUAAAUUCAAUUUGACCAUUUAUAAUCAAUUUAUCUCAAAAGUAAUAUGAUAUUGCAAGAAUUCAAUUUAUUUAAUGAACUAUCCUGUUAAAGUCUCCAAAAUGCCCCCAUUAAUAUUUGUUUCUUUGUAAAUAAGGAUAAAUGAUAUGGGACACAUCUUGCCCAACAUGCAUGUCUAGCCUAGCAAGCAAACUUAGCCAACGAGGAGUAUUAAUUUGUAUUUAGUUUUCCAAGGAGUAUUUAUUGGAAUAUUAAUUUUCCUACUUAUUAGCUAAGUAUACUCUUCAAGUAUUUGGUAAUUUAUGUAAUAGUUGUUGAAAAAGUAGAACUCUAUUAUAAAUGUAUAGCCUUGGAGGCAUCAUGAAUCAUACAUCAAUAUAAUUUCAGAGGUUUUUUCCUAA